CGGACCAUAAAACAGAACUGAUACAAACAUUAGUUGCCAAGAAAUCAACAACCUUGUAUCGUUACAAAUCAACAGCCUGCAGGGACAUAAUGGAAAUGACCAACUAUCGUCCAGCUGCUAAAAAGGAUACGGCGCUCAGGAUUGUUCUUCUUGGGAAAACUGGAGUUGGAAAAAGUGCAGCAGGAAACACCAUGUUGGGAGGAAGAUUUUUUCAUUCUUGUCUCUCUUUUUCCUCUAUGACAUCGGUCUGUGAGAAGAAAAUCAAUGAUUUUGAUGGUUUAAAUCUGGCUGUUAUUGAUACUCCAGGUCUGUUUGAUACAAAUAAAAGUCAUAAAGAGAUUAUGGAAGAAAUUGCUAAAGGCAUCUGCCUGGCGGCUCCUGGUCCUCAUGUGUUCCUGAUUGUGCUCCAGCCGACCAGAUUCACCACAGAAGAAGAAAGAAGCUUAAAAAUUAUCCAGAAAAUUUUUGGCAAUGAAGCAGCCACAUACACUAUGAUCCUGUUUACCCAUGGAGACGAACUAAAACGGGAAAAUAUUGCAAUAGGAGAAAUGUUACUAAAACACAGACCUCUACGGCAUUUCAUUAGUCAGUGUGCCUUCUUCCAGACAUUUGAAGAUAAAUAUCAUGUAUUUGACAACACAGUUGAGGAUCCUGGUCAAGUCAGGGGACUGGUGCAGAAGAUCAACAGACUGGUAAAGGGAAAUGGAGGAAGUUUCUACACCAAUGAAAUGUUUAAAGAGGCGCAGAGAGCCAAGCAACAAGAAGUAGAUCGAUUAAUCAGAGAAAAUCCAGAAAUUGAUCCUGAAGAUGCAAGAAGGCAGGCAGAGAAAGACAACUCAUUUAUGCGUGCUACUCUGGGGGGUGCUGCUGCUGGAGCUGCUACUGGAGCAGGUGUUGGAGCUGCUGUUGGAGUUCUGGGAGGACCAAUAGGAGUUGCUAUUGGAGCUGGUGUUGGAGUUAAUCUGGGAGCAAUUGUUGGAGCUGCAGCAGCAGUGCAAAAGAUGGGAUGUUCUACACAGUGAUAAUAUGUGUGAUGUUUUGGCUGCAGCUUAUUAAACUAUGAUGUUACAUGAAUAAAAAAAUAUUUACCAGUAGAAGCAGAUAUUUAUCUACCUAGUUAAUGGCUUAACUGAGGACGCAUUAACUGUCAAUCAGUUGAACAAUGAUUAAUAUUUACAAUCAUAAUGUAAUGUAAGCUAAGUUCAUGCUUUUUUUGUCUAUGUUAAUUAACAUGUUUGAUUUUAUACAUAAUAGCAGACAGUACAAACAAUUGUGUAAUUACUACAUUAUCUUUGCAAGGACUGCUCUAAGUUGCUUUUUAUAUUAACAGCAUUUUAUAUUUUAUUUUAUCUACAACUACUACUCAGUGGUAGUUGUUAUUGUGUCUUGUCUCUAUGCUGUAACUGCGAAGUAAUUUCCCUGCUGGGAUGAAUAAAGUACAUCUAUCUAUAUUAUAUAAAUGGAGUAUAACCAUUAUCACAGCAAAAGCCAUUACUAAAAAAUCUGAUUUCUGUUUUCGCGGAAUAAAAGCACUUUUACUCACAAA